AUGUCAGACAAAUUAGUGAAAACCUGGCAGACAUCUAUUGAACAACUCAGGAAAGAGGUGCUGGAUAUCGGCAACAGAACAGCACACAUUAAAAACAAACUAAGUGAAUAUGCCACAGCACACAAUGACAUAGCCGACCAUGUAGCAGCCUUGGAACAAAAGGUGACACUAAUAGAGGCACGCAUGGCGGAUGCAGAGGACAGAUCACGGAUAAAUAACCUCCGAUUAAGAGGGGUUCCGGAAACGGUCCUCCCCGGCGACCUACAGGCGUAUGUCAGAGGCCUGAUGAGACCAUACAUACCUGAAAUACCAGCAGACAUGAUGCUAGUAGAUAGAGUUCAUAGAGUUCCAAAACUGAGGAACCUAACUGAUACAACCCCAAGAGACGUCUUAAUGAGAGCGCAUUACUUCCACAUCAAAGAGGCAGUGCUCCGCGCCAGCAGAAACCGAGCAACACCACACGAAGUCUACCCAUCAGUGAAAAUCAUGGCAGAUCUAUCGGCAGCUACCCUCAAGCGGAGAAAAGAAUUCCAAGAGACCCGAAGGAGCUGA